UGCCGUAAUUGAAAACUUUGUUGAGAUGCAAUUAUUUUCUACUGCAUCCUGUUAAGACGGCCCCAAAAGAAAUGACUUUGUUUUUUACGUAUUAUUGUUCAUGUAUUCUUGCUUCAGUAGCUUCGGAUAAAGGAAUGUAAUGCGCUGCAUGCAGUGUCAAGAACACGGCUUCCACGAUGUAGAUCCUCUUGGCUUUUACUGGCUGUAUACAUCUUGCACGAUAGGUUAUAGCUUAUCAAAUUUGAGGAUAAAUCGCAUUAUGUUUGCCUAUAUAUAAUCAUAAUCGUGGAUUGCAUUAAUUUUGCAAUACAUCGACUUUGAAUUAAUACGGAGCAAGAAGACAUCACGGUAUAUCUGGACUUAAGGCCUAUGUAGUAAGUAAAGGAGAAAACUCUUUGAAGAAGGGUGAAUAGUAGGCCUAUAUGGAUUUUGUCAACAUGAUAACUGCAAUAAAUAUGGACAAAGUUUACGAGCUGGGAAAAUGGAACUCGACAGGGCAGCUGUUUUGAUGGUAAACGCCAAGCUGGAUAUAAGAAGUUACCUAGGAAACAUUUUACGUCUAGGUUAAUCAGUCAUAGGAGCUGACGUUAUAGAUUGUAAACGUGCUGAUUGAUGGCAUCGAAUUAUACUCAUCGUCCUCCGCCAGUCCCUAGUCUAGUCUCUCCUGGAGUUCUUAUAUCACCUAUCAGCCUUUAUUGGCAUCUUCCAUCAGCCUUUGCCAUCCACCCCGUCAAACUUCGUCAUACUUCAUCAUCCCUCUGUACGUCCUUGCCCUCCGAGGAGUGAUCAGCGAAUAAAAAUGACGGACUGAAUAAAGCUGCGCGGUCCAUCAUUCUUCUGUGUUAUUCUAUUUCAAUAUAAAAGUGCAGCACUCCUUUUAUUCUCACCAGUCGCUAUAACAUCCUUAUCGUUUUGAAAUUGACAUUGAAGCCGAGCUACCGUUAUGAUAAGACGAGUCCCAUACAAAUAUUAUGUUCAAAGGCCUUAGUAUAUAUAUACGCAUCUGAUGAUUUUGAUGUGUUCAUCGAAAUUUAUUCGGACUCAGGAACUUUAGAUCUACCAGAGAAGUGCCCUUCCUGAUUAAGGCGUGGACAAUGAUUGGCAUAGUAAGUAAAUGACGAUACGUAUUUCCCCGAGGACCUGGCUUGAGAAGAGUUAAGAAAGCAUAAUGCAUGUGAUUGGUAUAAACCAGACUGUCAUCCCUGAAGUGGAUAUCAUCAUAGUAACCACGACUGGUCUCCUAACCGUCUUUGGUGUCGUUGCCAACUGGUUGAUCCUAUGUGUCGUUGCGAAACAGAAACACCUCCACAAGCGAGCCAAUGCUCUUCUGUUUAGUCUGGCCCUCCUAGACUUCUCAACUUGCGCCCUCAGUGGCCCUUAUUCCAUCAUAACCUUCUUCAAGAACUCCCCCUGGCCGAGUUUCACUGUAUGCCGUGGAAUGCUGAUCUACGGCGUGGCUUCGACGUUGGCCUCCUGUCUCUUCAACGCGCUCAUCUCAAUCAAUUGCCUCCACGGAAUCCUGUCGCAGAAUGGCUUGGUUCAUACAUGGAACCAAGUUCUCGUCGUUGCAAUGACUGUUCUGGGUUGGGUGGUGUUCAUCACGUUUGUGUUAGCCCCACUUUACUUCCUCCACGAGGUCACCUUCCAACCCCGUCUUGGUGUCUGUUACAUCAACGAUGGCGACACAACGCUCCCCUUUGCCAUAGCAAUCUUCUCCAUGACAGCCGUCUCCUGGAUCAUCUCAUUAAUUUGCUAUUUGAAGAUCGCCAACAUAGUGCGCAUCUCAUCCGCCCAUCUUCGAGUCGCAGCCGUAACAAGCAACGAACCAGUUCCGCAGAUGAACCAACUCAACGCAAGGAAUCGCUAUCUAAUUAAGCUGGUGCAAACGGUCUUCAUCACGUUUUUGUUCUACAUCGUGUUUUUCAUACCUCUCCUGAUUGUUGAAUUGCUCUACCGAUCUGACUUGAACCCACACUAUCUACUCCACAGGACAGCCUGUCUCAUUCUCUGGAGCAGUUCUGUUCUGAAUCCGUACAUCUAUAUCUAUAGACUGAAGGACAUCCGCAAAGCCAUUGUGAAUAUAUUGCCAUGUGGUUACAGAAUAGACAUCGUGGCUGCAUAACUAUAUUAUCAUUAUUAUUAUUAUCAUUAUUAUUAUUAUUAUUAUCAUUAUUAUUAUUAUUAUACAUAUAUUAGUCUCAAUAACUUAAUCAUAUUUGUUUGAAUUGUUACGCUUCAUACAGUACAUGACAGUACUUAAAUAGCGUUGUCUGAAACUUUAGAUAUUGUUUUAUACUGUGCAGAAUUCAAGGAUAAUUUGAAAUAAAUCCUGAUCGGUUGAGACUAGCCAAACAAUGGACUUGUAAUAGACUAAAACCUUGUGGAUAUGAAUUGGAUGCUGAGAUUGAUAUGAUUUAUAAGCCGAUCGUUAGGAUUAUCGAUAUAAAUCAAAUUAUCGGCUGGUCACUAUUAACCCGGAUUCUGUUCUGUAUUUAUACCUUCGUGAUUAUAAGUUGUUAAAGAAAUGUGAGCAGA